GCUCGCGAAGAGCGGUCCAUUGUUUUGGAAUGGAGGGAUGUGAAGAGGCGGGCGCCGGGAAAAGCCAAGAUUUCGUCCCCGAGGAGCACAUUCUUCACGGCGAUCCGGCGCUGCCGCCGCCCUUGAUCGAUCGGCGCCUCCAAUACCAGCAGCAGCAGCAAGAUCUUGCUGCUCAGCAAGAUUUCUUCGCGCAGCAAAAUUUCUUCCAGGGUCAGUAUGCCGCGGCUCCAGCGAUCGCGAAUCUGGAUUCCAGUCAGCUGCAGCAGUACUUCGCGUGGCAGCGCCAGAAUGUGGCUUAUCAGCACCAGCCGCAGCAGCAAAUUCAUCAAGAACUGGAGAACAAUCCAUCGCCUUCGAGCAAAGAGGGCUUCUCGCGACUGGGAUUCCAAGGCGGCGUGGCUGUUGACUUGAGCAAGCAUCCGUCAGGGAUCGUUCCCACGCUCCAGAACAUAGUCGCGACUGUGAACAUGGAUUGCAAGCUCGAGCUAAAGACGAUCGCGCUGCAUGCAAGGAAUGCCGAGUACAAUCCCAAGCGUUUUGCUGCUGUGAUCAUGCGUAUAAGAGAACCCAAAACCACGGCUCUCAUCUUUGCGUCCGGAAAGAUGGUGUGCACUGGGGCCAAGAGCGAACAAAAUUGCAGGCUUGCGGCUAGAAAGUACGCUCGGAUCAUCCAAAAGCUUGGCUUUCCCAGUCAAUUCAAGGACUUUAAGAUUCAGAACAUCGUGGGAUCGUGCGAUGUCCGAUUUCCAAUCCGGCUCGAAGGCCUCGCCUUCUCCCACGGCCACUUCUCAACAUACGAGCCGGAGAUCUUCCCAGGACUCAUUUACAGAAUGAAGCAGCCUAAGAUCGUCUUGCUCAUCUUCGUCUCUGGCAAAAUCGUGCUCACGGGAGCAAAGGUAAGAGACGAGAUCUACGAAGCUUUCGAGAACAUCUACCCCGUGCUAGCGGAAUUCCGAAAGAUCCCACAGUGAAGAACCAGGAGUAAGUUAUGAGCUAUCAAUCAAUCAAAGAGCUUAUACACUCCA